ACUGUUAGGUACUCUACUAGACUCUUCAACAGCAGUGCCAAUCCAUCCAAUCGCUGCGUCUUACCUGAACGUUUCGUUUGCUCGUAGCUGAGAUGCUGUGCCACAGAGCGAGCCAGGUCCACGUGUGAUUGCAGCAGACAAAUUUAACACGAAAGAAUGUCUUACAACUCACGCCGUGAUUACUCAAGUUUAAGCCUCUAUCUUUCGAAUCCUACACCCUUCGCUCUAGGGCUUCUUCGUUUGAAAUGCUGUCUUUUCCAAUUAAAGACGGAGAACGAACAGCCUGAACUUACUCAUGCCUCUGGUCUCACUCCAAACCAGGAACCGUAUGUCUCGGAUAUUGGGCUUCCUUUCUGUUUCUAGAUCUUACAUUCUGGCUCAUUGCUGAGCUAUUUGUCAACUGAUUAGCC